AUGACUGUAUUGCGUCGCGCACCUGUCCAUGGUGUCCGUCAUUAUGUGACAGCCACCAGUCAAUUUUCCACGCUCCGAGCGUCGGCGCAGUAUGGAAGGACAGCAGUGUACAGAAGAUUACUCUUGUCGGACGAACCCUCAAAAUCUUUCAAUUCCUCAUUACACCUGACGCCAUUCUCCCCCCGACUCACUCUCUCGAGCCAAACUCUCCUUCGAUCACUGCACACGUCCGGAGCUCGAUUCCAACAAACCCAGCCUAAGGAAGACCCUAAACAAGAAGUUCGGGAUCCGCCACGGGACGGCCAACCAGACAAAGAAACAAGUGAGGGCAAGGAGGAAAAGGACCAGAAGGAAGAAAAAUCCGAAAAGGAAGAAAAAGAAGGAAAGGAAGGAAAAGAAUCUCCUCCUCCACCACCACCCCAUGGCGACAAAACUCCGUGGCAAGUUUUUGUCGACACGCUUCGAACGGAAUUCAAGGCGUCCAAAGAGUGGAAUGAGUCUACAAAACAACUCUCGGGGUCCGUCCAACAGUUUACCGAGUCCGAUGCUGUAAGAAGGGCGCGAGAGGCAUCCGAGGCCGCUUCCAAGGGCACGUCGCAAGUCUUGAAGAGCACAGCCAGUGCCAUCGGACAAGGCGCAGCUUGGGCCUGGGAAACGCCUGUCGUGCAGGGUGUGCGAAAAGGAGUUAACGCUACCGGUCGGGGAAUUGAAAAAGCCACCCGGCCAAUUCGCGAAACCAAGGCGUUCAAGGAUGUUUCGGAAGCAGUUGAUGAUGGAAGCAGCUCCAGAUAUGGUGGUUGGAUAGAGAAAGAAGAGCGACGCAAAAGGGAAGAAGCCCGAAGAUUGAAAGAAGCCCAAUCGCCUCACAAAAACCAUGAACCCAUGGUUGAAGAUCCAAAUGCCGGAACCAACAUUACAGUUCACAAAGACUCGGCAUGGCGAGAGUCAUGGUCCAAUUUCAAGGAGAAUUCCAAAUUAAUGCAGAGUCUCUUCAACAUGAAAACUACGUACGAAGAGUCCGAGAACCCUUUAAUAUCGACGGCGCGCUCCAUCUCCGACCGUGUUGCUGGUUUUUUUGCGGAGAAUGAGACGGCUAUGGUCAUCAAGAAAUUCCGCGAAAUGGACCCGUCUUUCCAGUUGGAACCUUUCCUGCGUGACAUGCGGGAAUACAUCUUGCCAGAAGUGCUCGACGCAUACGUUAAGGGCGACGUCGAAACUUUGAAACUGUGGCUCUCGGCUGCACAAUUCCAGGUCUACUCGGCUCUCAUGGAACAAUACACCAAAGCUGGCUUGAAGUCGGAUGGACGAAUUCUGGACAUCAGGCAUGUCGAUAUUUUGAAUGCUCGACUACUGGAACCUGGCGAUAUUCCUGUCUUCAUCAUCACUUGUCGGACACAAGAAGUCCACGUCUACCGGAAUGCAAAGACGAAUGAAUUGGCAGCAGGAAUGGAAGAUAAAGUUCAGUUGGUUACGUAUGCCAUUGGCGUGACGAGGAUACCAGAAGAAGUCAACAAUCCCGAGACGAGAGGGUGGAGGAUGAUCGAAUUGCAGAAGGCGGCCAGAGACUACAUUUAA